CACACGAUUGCGCGUGUCAAUAGAACUAAAUACCGAUUUAUAUUUAACAAAUAAAUUAUAUUUUAUUCGUGCAAGAUGCAUUUUGUUCAACGGUUAAGCGUUAAAUCGAUAUUGCGAACGACACACCGUGUCCUUAUAGAUAGAAUAUUCCGCAGAUCGGUCACGAAGAUGACGGUGCGAGACGCGCUUAACAAAGCGCUCGACGAAGAACUGGCUCGGGACGAAAAGGUGUUCAUACUGGGAGAGGAAGUGGCCGAGUUCGAUGGCGCUUACAAGAUAACGCGCGGUCUCUGGAAGAAGUACGGCGACAAGAGAUUAAUCGACACGCCGAUCUCGGAAGCUGGAUUCUGCGGCAUGGCCAUUGGCGCGGCGCUUCUGGGUCUACGACCGAUAUGCGAAUUCAUGACCUUUAACUUCUCAAUGCAAGCGAUCGACCGUGUCGUCAACGGCGCCGCGAAGAACCUCUAUAUGUCCGCUGGCAGAUAUCCGGUUCCUAUUCUGUUUCGAGGUCCCAACGGUAACGCGAAAGGCCUGGCCGCUCAGCACUCGCAGUGCUUCGCCGCGUGGUACAUGAGCGUGCCCGGUCUGAAAGUCGUGUCGCCGUCCACCUGCGAGGAUUACAGAGGCUGUUUGAAAAUGGCCGUGCGUGACCCCGAUCCUGUAAUCAUGUUGGAGAGCGAGCUGCUCUACAAUCUCGAGUUUCCCGUGUCCGACGAGGCCAUGGACAAAGACUAUCUGAUACCCUUCGGCAAGGCAAAAGUGGAGAGACCCGGUAAACACAUCACUUUAGUGACGCACGGUCAGGCGUAUGUGUACACGCUACAGGCGGCCGAGACACUGGCCGGACAGGGAAUCCAAGCGGAGGUAAUUAAUCUGCGCUCGCUGAGACCCUUAGACUGGGAUGCCAUAUUCAAGUCGAUCGGCAAGACGCACAGACUGAUGACCGUCGAGCUGGGCUGGCCCAGAUGCGGAGUAGGAUCUGAAAUCGUCUCGACGGUGAUGGAGAAUCCGGUGUUCUUUCAGCUGGACGCACCCGCGGUUCGAUGCACCGGCGUCGACGUUCCCAUGCCUUACUCGGAGAAGAUUGAGGACGAGUGCACCCCGAAGGAUCAUCACAUAGUCGACGCGGCUAAACGCGUUUGCGGCACGAAAAUCUAA